GGCCAAGAUCGCGGGCCGAGGUGGCGCCCGGCUCGAGAAACGGAGCCUGGCAUUCGAAAGCGCUCGAGACGGCGCCAAAAGCCACGAGCUUCAAGAAUGUGACUUGUCGCUGUUCAGGCAAGAUCGGAGAUGCCCAUUCUUCCUCGGCGCGAUGGCUUGAUUCUGAAAGCAGGCGCGCAGGCAGUGUCAGUGUCAGGAGCAAUGUGCAGUGAAGUCUUGUGCAUGCGAUCGAUUGCCUGAUGAGUACGUGGGCCCUGAGCACGGGAGCGAGUCCCGGUAUUAUAGAAAUUGAGUGAAGGAUGGCGAUGAGCCGGCAAUCUGGUUUCUCGACGGCGCUUGUUCGGAAGCGCUGCACGUGAUUGGUGCCGCUAGACGGUCGGGAGUAACGAGGUUUGGGGGCAAGGGGACGAGAUCGUGUGUAUUUCUUGUAGUUCGUCUGCGGGAAGGAGGUGGAAGUAAGAUGUGGUCGUACAAGGUUGCCGAUAAUGUUGGAGGCCCCUGGGUGGAGACAUUGAAUGCACAUGUUGGACGACAGACUUGGCAUUACGAUGAAAACGGCGGCACCCUCGCGGAUCGAGUCGCGUUGGACGAUGCGCGUGCAAAAUACGCUGAAAAUCGCUACAAGAUGAAGCAUAGUUCUGAUCUACCAAUGCGGAUGCAACUUGCGAAGUCCAAUCCCCUGCCACCGUUACCCGAUCAAGUUUUUGUUCGUCCUGAUGAGGAUCUGACCCACGACGCUGUAGAUACAACGUUAACUCGGGCCCUUCGAUUUUACUCCACCAUUCAAAGUGAUGAUGGUCAUUGGGGAGGUGAUUACGGGGGCCCAAUGUUUCUGCUUCCAGGACUUAUCAUAACCUUGCACGUUAGUGGAGCUCUGAAUACUGUCCUAUCCCAACCUUACCAGCAUGAAAUUCGACGAUACUUGUACAACCAUCAGAAUGAGGAUGGAGGAUGGGGACUUCAUAUUGAAGGCCACAGCACCAUGUUUGGAUCCGUUCUUUCUUAUGUGACCCUCAGGCUUCUGGGAGAUGGCCCUGAAGGUGGAGACUAUCAGUGUCUUCAGCGUGGUAGGGAUUGGAUCUUGAGCCACGGAGGAGCUACAGCGAUACCAUCGUGGGGAAAGUUCUGGCUUGCGGUUCUUGGAAUCUUUGAAUGGCAUGGUCUGAAUCCAAUGCCACCGGAAAUGUGGUUAUUGCCGUAUAUGGUGCCAGUUCAUCCAGCACGGAUGUGGUGCCAUUGUCGAAUGGUAUAUCUUCCCAUGAGCUAUAUUUAUGGACGACGGUUCACGGCAAAGUUGACCCCUCUGAUCCAAGACCUGAGGAAGGAACUAUUUACCCACAAAUUUAGUAACAUUGACUGGAACAAAGCUCGUAAUGAGUGCGCAAAGGAGGACCUUUACUACCCGCAUCCUCUCCUACAAGAUAUUCUGUGGGGAACGUUGCACAAAGUUGCUGAGCCCUUACUUACGCAUUGGCCAGGAUCGAAACUGAGAGAGAAAGCGCUAGCUGAGGCUAUGAAACACAUCCACUAUGAGGACGAAAAUACAAGAUAUGUUUGUAUUGGACCUGUUAACAAGUCUCUGAACAUGCUGAGUUGUUUCGUUGAAGAUCCGAACUCAGACGCCUUCAAACGACACCUUGGACGAGUUAUGGACUAUCUAUGGUUGGCAGAAGAUGGGAUGAAAAUGCAGGGAUACAAUGGUUCUCAAUUGUGGGACACUGCUUUCGCAGUCCAAGCAAUUGCUUCGACUAACAUGGUCGAUGAAGUAUCCAUGAUGCUGAAGAAGGCCCACGAUUAUGUUGACAAGUCGCAGGUUCGAGAAAAUUCUCCAGGGAAUAUGAAGGAGUGGUAUCGACAUAUUUCAAAGGGAGCGUGGCCAUUUUCCACAAGAGAUCAUGGGUGGCCAAUAUCUGAUUGCACAUCCGAAGGUUUGAAGGCUUGUCUGAUUCUCUCCGAACUUCCGGAGGACUUGGUUGGGAAGACGGUAUCAGAUGAGAGAUUGUUUGAGGCAGUCAAUGUCAUGCUAUCGUACCAAAAUGGCGGUGGUGGAUGUGCAACGUACGAAGUUGAAAGAUCCUAUGCUUGGCUUGAGUACAUUAAUCCUUCUGAAUGUUUCAGCAACAUUAUGAUCGAUUAUUCUUGGGUGGAGUGCACGUGUGCUUGCAUUCAGGCACUAGCUCUUUUUCGCAAAAAGUUUCCGAAUCACCGUAACAAGGAGAUAGGAAUGUUUAUAGACCGGGCCGUUAAGUUUGUGAAAGAUACUCAAGGAAAAGAUGGUUCCUGGUAUGGGAAUUGGGCCGUCUGUUACCUUUAUGCUUGCUGGUUCGGAGUACUUGGUCUAGUCGCCGCUGGAGAAUCCUACUCGUCUUCUGUUGCUAUUCAACAUUGUGUCAAGUUCUUACUCUCGAAACAGCUCCCAGACGGUGGUUGGGGAGAAAGCUACCUUUCCUGUCAGAACGAGGUGUACACAAAUUUGCCUGGAGAUAAAUCCCAUCUCGUAGGUACUUCAUGGGCAAUGUUGACCCUAAUAGCAUCUGGUCAGGAAAAAAGGGAUGCCAAACCUCUUCACAGAGCAGCGAAAGUGUUGAUAAAUGCACAGUUUGCGAACGGUGACUUCCCACAGCAGGAAAUCAUUGGUGUGUUUAACAAGAACUGCAUGAUUUCGUACUCAGCAUAUCGGAAUAUAUUUCCCAUUUGGGCGUUAGGAGAGUACCGGAGAAAAGUUUUAGCGUUGUGAGUUUUGGACCAUAGAUAACAACCAAUGUGAGCAGUGAAAGGAGUUCAGGUUGAAAUAAAAUAAUGCCGUAAGCUUUACUUGCCUCGAUCCGAAUUGAAAUGUUGUAGUAGGCAUUACACUACAAGGAAGACUCACGACAUUGACAGUUGGAACUCCUGACUGAUAUGUGUACUCACACCUGAGGGUCCCAAAGACUCUUGUCGCUGUGAUAUCUUAAGUGUUCCACAUUUAAAAAAUGUGGAACACUUUUGAUUUAUUUCUCUUACAUUUUUUCCUGCGUUGA